AUGAGAAGACAGGGAAACUUUGUGGACUCACCUGCCAGUGCAUAUGGAGCUGGACAGAUACAGAACGCACAUUCCGAUUUCCAAGGUCAAUUAGAGGCAUUCACGCCUGAGAGGGACCAACCGUAUUCAGAUUCACAAGUACAACCAGAGGGUCAAUGGAGAUGGGAAAGAGAUGCCCCAAAUAUGCCAAGGCCUAUGUCAGCCACCACUUACAAUGAAGGUCAAGGUGUUGAUUCGUCGAGGACGUAUUACCGUGGACAAAUGGAUCCAAAAUCAGGAAUGGAGAAGCAAGGCAGCGAUCAGCGAGCUCAACCACAACACCAAGAAAACACGAAGCCUGGUUAUGAGAACAACCGUGGGAUGCAGACCUUUGAAGGUCUCGAACAGAAGUUCAUGGACGAUAUAACAAGACUAGCAAAGGAUCAAAUCGAAGCAGAGGAUAAAGAGAUUGCCAGACAUCGAGAGAAAAUAAACACCAUUAAUACUCGGUAUGAAGAACAGUUAGCUGCACUGAGAGCAAGGCACACAGGUAAGAGAGAAGACAUGAUGAGGAAAGAAUCACAAGCUAGGCAGCAACAGUACAAGCAGCAAACCAUGGGGAUGGUGGAUAAUCAGUACCAUCCAAACGCGGCUGGUCCGGUCAGUGUAAUGCCAUCUGGUGGUCAUCCGCAAGGUUUCAUUGGCAAUGCUCAAGAUCCAGCGGGUGUGGCGGAUGCACCACCAUCAAGAUCCUAUGGCUCAGAUAGGUUUGAGACGUAUGGAGGAGAGAGAGGAGGUAGGUUUCAGGGGGGAACCAGAGAUCACGGGUUCGACUCUAGGGGUGGUCAGUACCCUGGUGGGGCUGGCUAUGACAACACAGCCUCACGGUUCUACUGA